UUCAAUCAGGUAGUGAUAUCUCCAAAAAUAUCUCUUCCACCAUUUCUUUUCAUACUGUGUAAAUGAUAUCCCUUCAGAUUCCUUCUUUUCAUCUCUUUCUCCAAAUCUUCCGGGCAAUUUGACAUAGAAAUUCCCAAUCGUUAAUCAGGAGCGCUUUGGAGGCUUGCUAUUGAUGGCUUGAUGUUAGGUGCUAGGCUAAGACCCUGAAACGAGCGUCAUUGCAUCUUGAACAAGCUACAUGACAAAAACCCUGCAUCCACCGCUGUUAUGGAUACUUUGCCUGAUCAAUUGAUAUGGGAAAUCCUAAGGAGGCUAACGAAAACUGCAGAUAGGAACUCUGUAUCUUUAACCUGCAAGCGUUUCUAUGAGCUUGAGAAUGAGCAGAGGCUAUCUCUUCGUGUGGGUUGUGGUCUGAACCCAGCCAAUAAAGCUUUAAACAUUCUAUGCAACAGGUUUCCUAACCUAAUGAGAGUAGAAAUUCUUUACUCUGAGUGGAUGUCCAAAUUGGGCAAACAGUUGGAUGAUCACGGGCUACUUGCUCUGUCAAACAACUGCCCUUCUCUUACAGAUCUGACUUUUAGUUACUGCACCUUCAUUACAGAUGCUGGUAUCGGUUACUUGGCCGCGUGUUCAAAACUCUCGUCCUUGAAAUUGAAUUUCACUCCGAGAAUCACGGGUUGUGGAAUUCUUUCUGUUGUUGUGGGUUGUAAGAACCUGAAAGCUCUGCACCUUAUUCGAUGCUUAAACGUCAGUAGUGCUGAGUGGCUUGCGUAUUUAGGGAAGCUUGAGAAUAUUGAAUACCUUUCGAUCAAGAAUUGUCGAGCUAUUGGAGAAGGUGACUUGGUAAAGCUCGGAUUUAGUUGGCAAAAACUAAAACAGUUGAAAUUUGACGUAGACGCCAAUUACCGAUACAUGAAACUGUACGACCGCAUAGCGGUCGACAAAUGGAAUAAGCAAUUGGUUCCGUGUGAUAAUAUGACGGAACUGAGUUUAGUAAAUUGUAUCAUCAGACCGGGAAGAGGUCUUGCUUGUGUUUUGGACAAGUGCUUGCACUUGGAGAAGAUUCACUUGGAUAUGUGUGUUGGGCUUAGAGACAAUGACAUUGUUCGGUUAUCUCGAACCUCAAAAGGGCUACAAUCAUUUUCUCUCCGAAUGCCAUCAGAUUUCUCGAUGCUUUUGAUGAGCAACCGCAUAACAUUGACCGAUGAGAGCUUGAAGGGAUUAGCCGAAAACUGUCGCAAGUUGGAUACCAUAAAGAUAUCCUUUUCUGAUGGGGAGUUCCCUUCUUUUUCUUCGUUUACAUUAGACGGUAUUCUUUAUUUGAUUCGAAGUUGUCCGGUUCGUGAGCUCACAUUGAACCAAGUAUGUUCGUUCAAUGAUGAUGGAAUGGAAGCUUUACGUUUAGCACACUGCCUCGAAACCUUGGAGCUCGUAAGAUGUCAAGAGAUUACUGAUGACGGCCUACAGCUUGUAGCACAUUUUCCUCGAUUAUCUGUUUUACGGCUUAGCAAAUGCUUGGGAGUGACUGAUGAUGGGUUUAAGCCAUUAGUAGGAUUAGGAAAACUGGACUUACUAGCUGUGGAGGAUUGUCCUCAGGUUUCUGAAAGAGGUCUUCACAGGGCGGCAAAGACGUUGUCGUAUAAGCUAGAUUUGUCAUGGAUGUACUGAUCGAAUGGUGUUUUCUUGGCCCACGUUUCGUGCGCCUGAAACUGAUAAACUUUAAAACAUAUUGGUUGUUCCAAAAUCCACUUAGACGGGAGCCACUUGGUAGCACUAGAGUAAUUGUAUGUUGUUCUUGGUUUCUGUUCAGUAUUCCAUUUCAUUGUUACAGUUUGGUAUACUAAACAAUCAAGCAUAAGUUUGUGUACACUUUUAUACUUAUGCACCAAAUUUGAUGUUUUAUCAAUGUAAAAUAUGCUAUUUUUUUGUGGGUUUAUUUUUGGGGGGUUUUUUUUUUUUUGGUCUAAGCAUGGUUGUUUGGGGUGUUGAGGGUGUUGAUUUUACUAAGGCGGCUAGACUCUUCUUUCA